AGACUGAGCGAGAUUUGACGACAAGAUCUUCAUGAUCACGAGCUUGACGACCUUCCAUUCUUUUCGACAAGACCGCGCCAGCGCCAGCGCCACUGUCACGCACGACACGAACACACGAGACGGUUCCCGAGCUUAAAUAUUCCUGCGCACUACUUGGACAAUUCGACAUUCGCUCGCCUGGCGCGAGUUACAAGUCUCCAUCGCAGAACGAAUCUUUCCAGGCGCAACUCCUCGAGACGGACUCUGCUCUCGCCUGCUUGCCCCGUCCAUCGUCAGGACUUGGCCUGGUCCGCUCCUCACUGCAUGUUCAUCAUACAACUACUACGCUCGUUCCCGAUACAAUGAUGGAAAAUAUUGAAGACAAGUAUAUUGGCCUCGGCCUGGCUAUCUUCUCGGCCAUGGCCAUUGGCACGAGUUUCGUUAUAACGAAAAAGGGCUUGAUACAGGCAGAGGAGAGGCACGGUUUUGAGGGCGAUGGUUUUGUCUAUCUCAAGAACCCACUUUGGUGGGCAGGCAUAUCUACGCUCGGACUCGGGGAAAUAUUCAACUUCGCGGCGUAUGCUUUCGCGCCGGCCAUCCUCGUCACGCCCUUGGGAGCCCUGAGCGUCCUGAUCGGCGCGGUGCUGGGAUCGUAUUUCCUAAAAGAAGAGCUGGGGACGCUGGGACGGCUAGGUAGUGCCAUCUGCUUGAUCGGUGCCGUGGUCAUCGUUCUGCAUGCGCCACCGGACGAGAACAUUGAGACGGUUGAUGAGAUCCUCAAUUAUGCGAUACAGCCUGGCUUCCUGCUCUAUGCCAUUUCUGUGGUCAUCUUUGCUGUCUUUAUGAUAUACAAGGUUGCCCCGAAGCACGGCAAGGACCAGCCCAUGAUUUACAUUUCGAUCUGCUCCACCGUUGGCUCGGUCUCGGUCAUGUCCGUCAAGGCUUUCGGCAUUGCUCUGAAGCUCACAUUUGCUGGGCACAAUCAGUUCUCGCAUCCCUCGACAUAUGUGUUCAUGAUCCUCACGGCUGUCUGCAUCUUGACACAGAUGAACUAUUUCAACAAGGCUUUGGCAUCGUUCCCCACCAACAUUGUUAACCCCCUUUACUACGUCACCUUCACGACAGCAACGCUCUGCGCCUCCUUCAUUCUUUUCAGGGGCUUCAAUACUGCGAAUGUUGUCAACACGUUGUCCUUGCUUUGCGGCUUCUUGAUCACCUUUGCCGGUGUGUACUUGCUCAAUCUGUCUCGGGGAGAUCCGCAUGGCCAGAAGCUCGCGGCCCGCCGAGUCCAUGACGACGCCAUUGGUACAGACAUGGUCUCAAGCUUCCAAACUCGCCGCAGCAUGCAAGCUCGUCGCAGUGGUGAGAUGGGACGCUUCAGCCUUAGCAGCCAGAAUGGUGACCGCGAGGGCCUCAUCCGCGCCUACGAUGCGGAAGAGGCCAAUGGCUUUGGCCUGACGGACCUGGCGGAAGACAGCGGGAGCGAGAGCGGUGACCGCAGACCGAACGGCAGUGCCAAAGCCAAUGGCAACGGCAAGGCGCGUCAAGAGACCAUUGAGAUGGACAACCGGUAGUCUGCGUAGUGAUGAACUUAGUUGGCUUUCCAACUCGCGCUCAUCCAGUUUUGACGCCGCAUUUUCCCACACUGCAUCGCCCUGUAUAAAUAUCAUGCGCCGCCUCUUCCUCAGCGACAAUGACGGCCAUGUCGCUGGUAGACGAGGUCUGAUAUUGUGACGAUUGGGAUACUUUCUUGUUGCGUCACGCUAUCGGCAACCGGGCUGCACUGUUAACGAUGGAGUAUUAGAAGGGUAAGGGGUAAUGGCGUUACGGGAGGUCGGUCAUGUUUGCUUUCAAUUC